AUGAGCUAAAAAGAUUCCCUUUAAUAACCUUUAAUACAAGAAGAAGAGGUUAAUGAUAUCAUAUUGGGAAAUCGUUCAGGCACAGAAAUGAAUAUGGAAUAAAUUGUUAAUGAUAGUGUUUUUGAAUGGGGAUCUACAUCACCUAUGGAAGAGGAUAAUUAGGUGAAGGUAAUUCCAUUUGUUGCUAAUGAAACAAUAUUUUAUCGUAAUACACUUGAAAAGCCUAAUAGUAAGAAGCCCAAUAUUUUUAAGAGAUGCUUUAAAAAUAAAAAAUCCUCAAAUCAGGUUACAAUGGCUUAAAUAAUAAAUCUAAGACAAAAAGAGAUAUUUAAGGAUUAUGCUUAUCAAACAAAGAAGAAUGGAUUACUUACUGGAUUGUCUUCAUAUAUUUGUAAAAUAAAAGUAUUUGAACCUGAUUCUAUGUUCUAUAGAAAUUGGUAAGUUCUAAAUAGCAUUUUUGUAGUUUGUUUCUUCUUUUAAAUUCCAUUUAUGCUUGCUUACUAACCACUUAUAGAUGAAAAAGAGGCUUACCAUUAUCAAUACUAUGAGGAAUUUUCCUUAUAUGUAGGUAUCUCAAUCUUUAUGAUGGACAUAAUAUUGACUUUCAAUAUAGCCUUCUACAAAUAAGGAUAAUUGAUAAGUAAUAGGAAAUAGAUUGCCAUUAAUUAUAUAAAGACUUAUUUCUUUUUAGAUUUAAUUCCUUUAAUAUGUUUGAUUGAAUAUAGAUGUUUAUUAUUUGAUGAGAAGAAAUUGGGAUUUGAGCAGUUUUUGUUUAUUUUAAAAGUGUAUGAAGUGAAUAAAACAAGUAAUAUGAUAAAAGAAUAUUUACAACUUGAUUCUUCAAAACAUGCUUGGUAUAGAUUGCUUACUGUAAUGUUAACAAUCAUAUGGUUAUGUCAUCUAUUUGCUUGUUUAUUUUUUUUUGUUGGAAGACUAUAGCUUAACAAGUAACCAAAAAAUGCUUCAUGGUUAAGUAGUUGCAAUGUAGUUAUUCUUAAUGGAGGAUAUGAAGAAAUGCCAAUUUCUGAAUUACAUUUAUACUCAUUUUAUUGGGCUGUUACAACAAUGAUAUCAGUAGGAUAUGGUGAUGUAACUCCAAUGAAUUUUUGGGAAGUAUUUGUGACAGUCAUUACUUAAUUUAUUUCUUGUAUUGUGUUUGCUUAUUCAGUUAAUGCUAUAUGGGAAAUGAUUUAUUCUCAAAAUGAAAGCAAAUAAAAAUUUCAGUAUAUUAUCAUUUAUUUCUUUAUAGAAAGUAUGUGAAUGCAAUCUAAAGAUUUAUGGUAGAACAUAAUAUAGAGAGAAAAUUAAAGGCAAGAAUUGAAGCUUAUUUAUUUCAUCUUUGGUAAACUGAAAAAGCCAGAGAUCAUGAAUUAGAAUAAGCCAUGAUCCUUAAAUUAGCACCUGCAUUAAGAGAAGAAUUGAUAUAUUAAACAUUAGGUAAAAUGCUCAAACACAGUAAUUUCUUCUCUUGUUUUUCAUAAGAUUUUCUUAUGGAAUUGUCAUAAUAAAUAUAAUAACAAUAUUAUGCCUAAGAAGAAAAUAUAUUCCUUGAAAAAGAAGAAAUAGAUGAUUUUCCUUUGUAUUUUUUAGAUAAAGGAUAAGUUGAAAUCUUUUUAGACUGUGAGAAAAGAAUCAAAUUACAUAUCAUGAAGAAAGGCAUAUUUGGAAUAAUAGGAUUCAUCACUGGACAUAAAAGAACAGCAUCUGCUCGUUGUCUAACUUAUUCUGUUAUUUAUAAACUUUCUAGAGUUGGAUUUCUUAAAUUAUUAGAUAAAUAUGAAAAUGAUAGAUAAAAAUUCUAUGAGAUUAGACACAAUAUUUUAUUUAAUUUUGGUUGUUAAAACUUAAAAUUAAGAUGUUAUAUUUGUGAAAGUAGAAGUCAUUUAGCUAUUAAUUGUAAAAAGUCUUUAUAUCUUCCAAUCAAAGAAUAAGUUAUUUUAUAAACAUUUAAUGUUUAAAAUAAAAGAGAAUCUAAUUAUAAAAGAAGAAUAGUUAAAUAAUAAUUCAAAGCUUUAUCUCAUAUUCGAGAUGUUUAAGUUAAUGCUUUGGCUAUUAAGAAGUACUUUUAGAUUACAACAUUUAAUUUGGACUCUAAUGAUGAGGAUGAUGAAUAUAGUUCAGAUGUAGAUGAUUAUGAAGAAGAGAUUGAAAAUAUUAAAAAGAUUGUUGAAUAAGAAAAGGAAAAAGCAUAAUUAAGAUAGAGAGGAAAAUGGUUAGCUGAUGAUAAUUAUGAAAUGAAGAUUGAUGAAAAUAAAGAUAAUUAAAGUGUAGAAUUAUCAGAUGGUUUAAGGAAAUCUUCAAUAAAUAUAAAGAAUUCAGAAGAAGAAUAAAGGAAAGUAAAGAAAAAGAAAAAGUUUUAAAGUUUUGCAAAAUUACCAUUACCAAAAAGAGUUAGAACUUCAUCAAUGUCUAGUUUAACUCCAAUUUAAGAACAAAUUAAAAAAGUUUCAAAAAUAUAAAAUACUGUAUUUCCAAAUAAUGUUCAAAUAUAAAGAAGGAAAAGUAAAGUAAUUUAAGGAUAUGAGAUAAAUGAUAAAUAAUUUGAUAAAAUACCAUCUCCUGAAAGAUAAAUGAGUAAUGAAAAUAAGAAAUAAGAAUUGAUAAGAAAAAUGAAAUUUCUAUCUAUUGCUUAACCUAGAAAUAAAGAAGUCUAAUUAAUAAUAGAUGAGUUGAGGUAACAUAGCCAAAUCUUACAAUAGGACUUAUAUUUAAAAUACUUAAAGUAACAAUCAACCUCUUAAAGUUGAGAAUGAAUUAAAUGAUAAUCCUAAUUCAGAUGUAGAUAGCUAAUUUAGUAUUGAUCAUAUGGCCAAUUAUGAUUGUUUCUUUUAAGAAGAGAACCCUGAAAAAG